AUGGCGAACAACAGCCGCAACACCUUUGGCAACAACAUGGUGAACAGCAACUUCCGCAACAAUCGGAACAGCAACCUCCGCAACAUGGACAACAACAGGGUUGGCAACAGCAACAGGGUUGACAACAACAAGGCUGGCAGCAUCCGCAACAAGGCUGACAGCAUCCACAACAGGGUGAACAACACCCGCAACAUGGGCAACAUCCGCAACACGGCUUCGGCCCUAUUUGGCAUUGGCACAUUGUGA